GUGGGAUGGGUUUAAAUUUGGAUGUCACGUCUUUCAAUAACAUUGAUAAUGUAGGCUUCUCGGGGACAGGCCUCGAGAAAGUUUUUGUACAUAAUAUUCACGGACUUUCCGAAAACAUCAAAUAGACAGCUGUAUAAGCGUUGAUCGAGCUUUGUAUACAUUAUGCCGAUCAGAGUGAUUUUAACCUGUCACAACAGAUUAUGAAAAAACGAGUUACUUUAUUUUACUCGGACACUUUUAAUUCUCCGGUAUUUCAUUCUCAAGUCGUAUCCGAACCUGCGAACCCACAUCCCGCCAGUCUCAUUUAGCAAGGGAUCGGAAUGGACGUACUUCCUGAACGGAGUAAAUUAUGAAAUAUCGGGUAGUUUUUAUCUCCGUGUUGUUUCUUUUGUGGUGUCCCUGCCGCCAUGUAUUGGUCUCGGGUGAAUAUGUCACUAGGGUAGUUUCUUCUAACCGAUCUGCCGACGGUGCUGACCUGGGCUCGUCUGUGGAUAUGGUGGGUACGCAAUUCACAAUGUUCCAUAAGGAAAACACUGACGGGUGUGAUGUAGUGAUGAACUUGAGUGCUAGUCAACGCUGUACGUUUGUGAAGAACACCCCAGACUGCAGAAUGGAAGAUGGCUUCAUCAACUACCUCCAACUGGCCUUCUGUUUACUGCCACCCAAUCUCACACCCCUCACCAUCACAUUCUGUAUUAUCUGGUUAUUUUUCUUGUUCAUAGGUCUGGGAGUGACUGCAUCAAAGUUCUUCUGUCCCAACCUCUCUGCCAUCUCCUCCACCCUUCGGCUCACACACAACGUGGCUGGCGUGACGUUUCUGGCCCUUGGUAAUGGAGCCCCAGAUGUCUUCAGUGCCACUGUGGCCUUUUCCCGUCCACAUACCGCUGGCCUGGCUAUAGGAGCACUCUUUGGAGCAGGUAUCUUUGUAACCACUGUGGUUGCAGGGGCAGUGUCGUUAGUCAAGCCCUUCACUGUUGCGUCCCGCCCCUUCCUGCGUGAUGUCGUCUUCUUUAUGGCUGCGGUCUUCUGGACCUUCGUCAUCCUCUACAAAGGAACUAUCUCACUGGGAGAGACACUAGGGUAUCUGGGGCUGUAUGUAGUGUAUGUGUUAACAGUCAUUGUGAGUGCCUACAUCUACAGUCAUCAAAAUCACUCGGCCAUCAGAACAUCUGCCCAGAGCUCAACAUAUGUACCAGAGAUCCAGUCGUCUGACGAUGAGGCUCCUCUUUUAUCGAAUGGCAGUAUCCAGCAGGACUAUGACAGUGAAUACAGUCCCCUGCUACCUUACUGUGAGUCGACCAGUACGAUCCUGAUGAAUUCUCUGAACCCAGUGGACAGCAGAACCUGGAGGAGGAAGACCUGGGGCUGGAGAACUGCCAAAAUACUUAAGAUGCCACUGGAGGUGCUGCUGCUACUGACUGUUCCUGUGGUGGAUCCUGACAAAGAGGACAGGAACUGGAGAAGACCUUUGAACUGCCUUCAACUGGUCACCGCACCGCUGGUGUGUGUGCUCACCUUCCAGUCUGGAGAGUAUGGUUUGUAUUUGAUCUCGGGUCUGUUUCCUGUCUGGGCAUUGACUUUGCUGUUUGGCCUCUUCCUUUCCGCCAUAGUCUUCCUCACCACCACCAAUGACCAACCUCCACCGUACCACUCACUGUUCUCUUUGCUGGGCUUUCUGGUAAGUGCGAUAUGGAUCAGUGCUGCGGCCUCGGAGGUGGUCAGUCUUCUACACAUGCUCGGUGUGGUCCUUACUCUGUCCAACAAUUUACUGGGUCUCACACUGCUGGCCUGGGGAAAUAGCAUUGGAGAUUGUUUUUCUGACAUCACCAUUGCGCGCCAGGGAUACCCACGGAUGGCGAUAUCUGCCUGCUUUGGGGGAAUCAUCUUCAACAUGCUGAUUGGAGUGGGCAUUGGCUGCCUUCUGCAGAUGUUUAACAGUGAGCCAGUGUUGAUGUUGGAACCAGAAGGUUUGUUGACCUGGGUGUUAGCGGGUUCUCUGGGGCUCUCUCUGGUCCUCUCCUUCAUCUUAGUUCCUCUGCGAAGUUUUCACCUGGACCGGGCCUAUGGAAUCUUCCUCCUGUUCUUCUAUGCAGUCUUUCUCCUAGUUGCGCUACUCACUGAGUUUGGCUUUAUCCACACCUGAAGAAUGUAACAGACAAUUGAGCCCAGCCUGGUGGAACUGCCUGCCUGUAUUGACAAGACAGUCUGACAUCAGAGACUUUCCUCCUCAUGGGAGAUGGAGCUACAGCCAAUCAUAUGAGGCCUUAACUGAGUUGGACCCUGUCAUACUGUGGCUUUACAAAUGUCUGUUUGCACUGACUGUAUUUUUAUAUUUAGAUCAUAAUUAGUAUUUUUAUAUUUAGCUCAACAUCAUUUAGUAUUUUGUAGUUGUAUUGUUAUUUUACGUGUGUGUAAAAUGUAUGGGAUUUUAGUAGGUAUUAUGUAUGUGUAGAUUGUAAAGUAUUUUUUUGUCUAUUCUUUCCCCAUAAUAAGUUGGAUCCCAGGAAGACUUGCUGACAAUGCUGCUUCUGUUUUUGGGGAUCCUAAUAAAAUCAAAAGAUUAGCUGUUACAUGAGCAACAGCUAUUCUUCUUGGGGUCCAAACAGAACAUUUAUAUAAAUAUACAGAAAUGACUGCAGGGUCAGUAAUACACCAUUUAACAAGUAACCCCUAAAGCUACAGGAACCACAAAAUGCUGCUAAAGCACUUUCUGAGAAGCAUCUGCUUUAAAUUAAUGUGAAUGUGGUGUCUCCACACUGCUGUCUGUAAUGGUUGAUGUGAGUCAAUUGUAAAAGGUGCUUUAUGAAACAAAUGAUCAGUGAUUUUGGUUGUAUCACUGGAUGUUUGAUCUGAUUUGUUCAUGAAACUGCAAGGGAUAAGUUUAAUAUCAUUUGAAAAUGGCCCAGAACCAGCCACAUACAGAUCUUUACUACUACAAAUAUAUGAUUGAUACAAAUCUAAUAAUUUACUACUGCAAAGCUAUGAAUGACAGAGAUCUAGUAAUUCUCUACUGCAGAUGUAUGAUAGAUAUAGAUCUAGUACUUUACUGGCCUUGAUAUUUGCAGGUCUUGUUGCAUUGAGUGCCUUGAUAAAAGAUGUUCUUGUUAGAACUGUCUUAGAUAUGUGUGUGUAUAUGUUAAAAUACAUGAGAUCAGGGUAAAAGCACUUAUGUCUAGGUUGAUUUGUGUAUUAUCUGUCUUUACGUUUUAAAUAAAAACAUCAAAAAUCCUUAAUGUAUAAUUCACACAGAUAAAGUUAAAGGCAUUCAGUAUAGGUAUGACAGACGGCAGUUUUCAAACUGAUUAAACAUCUGACCUGAAA